CAUCAAAAGUUGAUGAAGAAGAACAGACAGCUCAGCUGCUAGCGGGCAGUGGUGCUCAGGGAUCGGUCGGUGGUUGAACUGCUGUCUAAAAAGACACGGUAACAUCGGAAGUAACCAGGAUUAUUGGAGCUCGUUGCCUCUUACUGAAACACAACAGACCGAGGAUUUGGUUGUUGAGACGCUAGAGGUAUUUCUAUGUGAUGGAGUUUCCGGAUUUGGGAGAGCACUGUUCCGAGAAAACCUGCAAACGUUUAGAUUUUCUUCCUAUGCGAUGUGAUGCCUGUCAGGAGAUUUUUUGCAAGGACCACAUUACCUACGCAACUCACAAAUGCAUGUCGUCCUACAAAAAGGAUGUCCAGGUCCCAGUAUGUCCUUUGUGCGACAUCCCCAUUCCCGUCAAGAGAGGAGAGAUGCCCGACAUUAAAGUUGGCGAACACAUAGAUCGGGAUUGCAAAUCGGACCCUGCGCAGAGAAAGAGAAAGAUUUUCACAAAUCGAUGUUCUAAAGGAGGCUGUAAGCAGAAGGAAAUGAUGCGAGUUACCUGUGACCAGUGUCAUUUAAAUCACUGUCUUAAGCACCGACACCCACUAGACCAUGAUUGUAUGACUGAUGGGAAACCUCUGUCCAAACCAGGACAUUCUGCUUUAAUGAGGGCCCAAGGUGCUUCCUCCAGCUCCUGCUCCGCCUCUGCUUCAUCAGGUUCAAGAAACUCUAGACCCGUUUCUAAUGGUGUCGGUGCUAACAGCAGAGCACACAGCGCUGGCCCUCCACAGCGGAUUCCUACUUCCGUUUCAGCACAGAAUGUGAUCCCAGCAUCGGCAUCAUUUCAGGCCGGCAUGACGGAGGAGCAGGCUUUACAAAGGGCUCUGGAGAUGUCUUUGGCUGAGUCAAGUCCAGCGGUUCAGCCGGCUCUUACUCCUCAGGAGCAGGAGGACCAGGCUCUCGCCGAGGCUCUCGCCGCCAGUGAAGAAGAAUACAGACGUCAGCAGCAGAGACAACAGGUACCCGGAAAGCUUAGGCAUCGGUAGCAUGCUCACAGGAACACAUGGAGGGGCGAGAGUCCAAACAGUCCAACUGCAGCCUUUCUUAAUCUCUGAUCCAGCUGUGCUACUCAUCUACUAGAACCUGCACAUCUGGGAUGUGGAUAUCCGGGAUCAACGAUUGUUUCAUGAAGAAGUCCUCUUGGGAGUUGCUGAGCUAUUACCGCCUUCUACAAUAUAAGCACAUACUUUCCCAGCAGGGUCAUUUUUACUAAUGCUUUGCUCUGUACAUAUUUUAUAUACUGAUCAUGAUGAAACAGUCUAUUACCAUAAUCAAUAUUGAAUAAAUUAUUUCAAAAGGUG